UAUAUGUACAUUAAUGUUUAUUUAUUUAUUUUUAGGGCAAAAUAUCAUAAAUUAAAAUAUGGCACAGAGUUGAAUCAAGGUGACUUAAAGAUGCCAACAUUUGAAACAGAAGAAACCAAAGACACAGAGGUGCAACCUACACCUCAGAACAGUCAGUUGACUUGGAAGCAAGGCAGGCAGUUGCUCAGGCAGUAUUUACAAGAAGUUGGUUACACAGACACAAUUCUAGAUGUACGAUCACAAAGAGUACGAUCAUUACUAGGCCUUUCGGGUCCUGAGCAGAAUGGGUCAGUAGAGACAAAAAAUUUGGAACAGAUUCUUAAUGGGGGAGACUCACCAACUAAACAAAAAGGACAAGAAGUUAAAAGGAACUCGGGAGAUAAGCCAAGGGGAGGCCUGGCUGAAGCUGUUCUUGAAACAUUUAAUUUCCUAGAAAAUACAGAUGAUGAUAGUGAUGAUGAUGAAGAGGAAGGUGAAAUGGUGGAGGACAUCACGGACAGCAAAGAAAAGCAUAGAAUAAACAAGAAACAUAAAAUCGGUAAUGAGGGAUUAGCUACUGACUUGCCUGAUGAUACUGAAGAAGCUUUGAAAGAGUUUGAUUUUUUAGUGACAGCUGAAGAUGGAGAAGGAGCUGGGGAAGCUAGGAGCUCUGGGGAUGGAACAGAAUGGGACAAAGAUGACUUCUCCACAUCUUCGGAGGUUUGGGCUGUAGACAAGGGACUAAUAAGUAAACUGAAGGAACAAUACAAGAAGGAGCGGAAGGGCAAGAAAGGGGUCAAGAGUGGUGUGAUACAUACCAGACAACAUGGAAGAGCCUCCAUAGAGGAUUGUAAUUACUGUGGGGUAAACAGGUCAAAGCUUCAGGAUAUGAUUGCAGAUCUCAGAGACGAUGAGCUGCCCCACAUGCCAUCUGGAACCAUGAUUCAGUCCAGGCCAACUUCUUCCAGACUGGCUGAUCAUGACAGUUCAAGAACAGAAGAAGCUGAGCCGCUGGCUUUUCCCUCUGGAACCGGCAAAUCAUUUAUUAUGGGUCCUGAUGAUGUGCUGGAAAGUGUCUUGGGCCUUGGUGACCUCGCAGACUUGACAGUAGCAAAUGAUGCAGACUUCAGUUAUGAUUUACCUGCUAAUAAGGAUGCAUAUAGGAAGACAUGGAACCCCAAGUACACACUACGGAGUCACUUUGAUGGAGUCCGUGCAUUAGUUUUUCAUCCUGUAGAGCCUGUGCUGGUUACAGCCUCUGAAGACCACACCCUUAAGCUUUGGAAUCUCCAGAAAACUGUCCCUGCCAAAAAUUUUUUUUUCUGGCAUCUGCAUUCUGAUUAAUUUUCAAGCGUUAAAAUGGGGUCACAGUGGAAAACAGUUCAGAGAGCGUUACUGCACAAUGCCAGCAGUGUUGGGUCUGCCAGUCCAGAGUAAUAAAAAAACUCAGAAGAAAUUCUCCUGAAUUAUCUUUCCACUGUCGUUGAUUUUCUUGCAUUUGACCAAGCCUUGAAUAGUGUAAUUUUAUACAUAUGUGAAAUGUGGUGCCACCAAAGUGGACGUGUUAGAGAAAGUGGUGAACAGGCUGAAGUAUUGACAAAAAUUCAUGCAUGACGAAUUAACUGUGGGAGUCUGUGGGUUUGUCGUAAUCAUUAAUAACAUAUCCUCAGAGCUUGUGCCAGUGAAAUCAGGACAGGCAAGGAAAGAGUUAAAUGGGCAAGAUGGAAACUAGAAACAGAGUCGAUGAAAUUUUCCAGUUUUUCGCAAGAGUAUCCUCAAUGUACCAGAAAAAGGAAUGAGGGAGGGAUCCUGAAUAGGACUGGAAUAAUGGAUGUUUCACAUAUCCCAUAAAAAGACAGGCAUAACUCGGGCUCGUGAAUACGCACAGCAAGACGUUUUACUCAGGCAAGGUCAGUUACUUGAAACAUUAAUUCUGUUUUUCUCCACAGAUGCUGCCUAACUACUUGAG